AUGCCAUAAAAACCAAAAAAUAUAAAUUCUUAAAAAGUAUGUGGUUAGGGCCUCGAGGAGUACAUUUACAGCUCUUGAAAAUUUAGGUGGUUCAUUGUCGACCAUCUUACCCUACCUAUUUAAUAGAUCAUAAUUAUUAUAGUACCUAAUUAUGGUCCAAACAGUUUAGAUAAAACUCCUUUUUUUGAAGUCGGUUUAUAAGCAUAAUAUGUAACGGUAGGGUAGGUAGUAGUACAAACGACUCGCCUCCGAGAGGUUGAUUGGAAACGGGCAUGAAGGUUGUGUAAAUUGCGUAUAGUAGAGCAGUAGAGGCUGGGACGGCGGGCGCGGGCGGCGGCGCGGCAGUGGCGUGGACACUGCGGCGCGAAGAACACCGCUAGACACGAUGCGCGCUCCCGCCGUGCUGGCCCUGCUGGCGCUCGCCGCCGCGGCCGCCGCCAGGCCCGAACACGACUUCGAGUUCGAUGAUGCGCCGGAGGCACAGACGACGCGGCGCUCUCGCCGAUACAUCUACGAUCCGCAAAAUGAACUUUGCCACGCGCUUGUGUGCAAAAAGCGCGAGGUGUGUUUACUGCGGGAUUCCUUCACCGCACUUUGCGCCAACAAAAAGGACGUUCUGCGACGAGGGGACAUAAUAGUGACGGUAGCGAGCAGUCCGUGGGAGCGCGGCGCGGACGACGAGGACGUGUUCUACGAGUCGCCUGCCCCCCCCGCGCCCCCGGUACCCCCUGCACCCGCCUCCUCCCUUGAUACUGACAGAUGCGUGGGAUGCGCGGGCGCGUCGCGCGCCAUGUUCCUGUGCGGGUCGGACAACCGCACGUACUCGUCGCUGUGCCGGCUCGACCUGCACAACUGCGUGCACCGGCCGCGGCCGCCAGUGCGCCUCGCCUGCGCCGGCUUCUGCCCGUGCGAGCCGGCCGCCCCCGCGCCGCCCGCGCCCCCCGCGCCCCACGCCCCGCCCGCCCCGCCCGCGCCCCCCGCCCCGCCGCACCCGCACCGCGCGCUGCGCCUCUACAGGCCGCACCGAGCAAGGGCACGCUUCGAUGAGGAUGGAAGGCGUCGACGACUGGAGACGCACAUCAACGAGGUAUUGCCGGAGAGGUCCUACCGUCGGCCUAACCAAGAGGUGGAGGGGUGCGCGCUGGACAAGAUGGCGAACCGCUUGCUGGACUGGUUCUCCGUGCUCAUGGAGGAGGCGGGCGGGGUGCCGCCGCCGCCGCACGGCUUCGGGGCGGACUGCAAGCCGGAGGUGAGGUGGAUGUUCGAGCACCUGGACACGGCGCGCGACGGCCUCCUGCAGCCCGGCGACCUCUACGCGCUCAGUCACGACGAGCGCGAGCGCUGCCUGCGGCCGUUCCUGCGGUCGUGCGGCGCGGGGGGCGCGGGGGGCGUGUCGCGCGGCGCGUGGUGCGCGUGCCUGGGGCGCGCGGCGCGGCCGUGCGCGGCGCUGGCCCGCGCCAGCCGGGGGGCGCGCGGCGCGUACGUGCCGGCGUGCGACGCGCGCGGCUUCUACCGCCCGCGCCAGUGCCACGCCGCGCUGGCCGUGUGCUGGUGCGUCGACCCGCACGGCGUCGAGCGCCCCGGCUCCCGGACCAAGGGCGCGCCGCCCUGCCCCGGUGAGACGGAAGACGAAGGCGUGCCGGCGGACGACGAGGACGCGGGCGGCAGCGGCGACCGCGACCUCGACCUGCGGUUCUAAUUUGUCGCACCGCGCUCGCCUAAAAUAAUUUAUAAACAAGCGGCCGUAAUGAGUUUGCGUCCUUAGUGUCUUCUGAACAACCCCAUACUCGUUCCAAUAUGACAAGUUAUUAAUUCAUGUUAUUUUAAUGUUGGUAGUUGAUAGAAAUUAUAGCAUAAUUUAAUUUAGACUUGUAGUCCUUGAAUUUGAAGUUAUAUUUUCAUACCAUCUGCCGUUAUUAUUCGAAGUUUUAGGCCUAAUAAUUAGUAAAUAUACAUUUUAAAAAGCUAGAGUUUUAAAGAAUUUCGUUUUUUCAUAAAUACGAUCUACUCCCGAGUUCUAUAUAUUCAUUUAAUAAUUAGGUAUGUUGUUUGAUUUUUGCUUAAAUUUUUGAAAGAAAAAGUUUUUUACAUUUUAAAUUCUUAAUAUUUUCAAUCAUAGUUACAUGAUAUAGCCCAAACAAGGGGAUUCAAGUCCAAACAUAAAAUUAAUUACAAAAUAUAAAGGAAUAAAAUAAUAUACAAAGUUCUUAAUAAAAUUUGAUAUUAUUAGAUGUUAAAUGAAUUAGGAUUAGUAUUGUAUUUAGUUGAAUUUACAUGAGCACUUAAAUAAGAAUAUAAAUUGAAAUGAUUUUAAUUAGAAGAAUAUUGAUCAUUGUAUUCCUGUAAUCCAUAUUAUUUAAUAAUAUGUAUUUAACAUUUCGUAAUAGCCUGUAUUUUGUAAGAAUCCAUUCAAGUGACCACUAUAAAUUAAACAGUUAUUUGCACUUUUUUAAUUCUCCACAGUGUAUUUGAAAUAAAUAAGUAAAAAAAUGGU